UGGAAAGUCCUCGCCUGGAUAAACCGCAUCUUACGUCGAAUAAAGGGCGGGGCGAGGCAAGGAAAACACCGCAGUGCGUGAUAUCCGGGUGGAAUGCCCCUUUGGGGCAGCUUAAAAAGUCUGCCCGCAGUGAAGGUCAACGAGAACGACUCUGCCGGUUCUAGCCUACUGCAACGCCGAGACAUUGAACACACUGCGGGACACGCCGGCCACAGUGAAGAAAGCCAAAGACUCAAAGCACAACCUGUCCUGAUUGUGAAGAUUUUUUUGAAAAAUGAAUAAAAAAGGAUCCCGGUCUUCAAUAUUUUACACCGAGAAUAUCAUCAAGGAGGAAGACAUUCUCUUUGAGGGGUAUUUAACAAAAUCACCGCCUGUGUACCAGUUUGAACAAAAGAAAUCAUGGAAAAGGCGAUAUUUUGUGCUGGGAAAAUCAAACGAUGAACACUUCUUGUUUUAUUUCACAAAACAAGAAUCAAGCAGGAAAUUACCUUCACGGGGAGAAAUAUCUAUAAGAAAAAUUACAGAAUUAUGCAUAAGACCAGAAUACCAUCCCAAUUGGAAUGUGCUUCAGAAACAUUUUUCAAUCCACUCUUCUGAAAACGUUCUUCUUGUGCAGACAGAAGAAAGAGGAUACUUUUUUAUUGGAGAUGGAAAUUCUAUAGGAUCACUGCACGGUGUAAUCGCAAAUCUGCGUCAAGGCUUUCCAUCUGAAAUCAAAAGUCAGAAUACUUCCAUUGAACCUGUGAAAACUGAGCCGAACCAACAACGAGACGCUCCCUCAUGGAACAAAGCCGAACCAAUUUACGCCUCAAUCAAAGAAGUGCUCCUGGAAGCAGAGGCUAAUAAACAAGAAAGUGCAAUGCCAUUUGUCGAACAUACAUUCUCAGAAACGACAGAAGACAGUUAUGAUUUGCACACCCAGUUCCCCCACAGGUUGUCACAGCCUACACGACAACCUAAUAUUCAAGAAAAGCCACGUAGUUAUUCACUGCCAGACACGUCAUGUUCCAUCUACGAUGUACCCAGGAAGAUUAUGAUGGAAAAUUGGAGAAGUAGGAAAGUAGUGUCAGCUGACUCGGGGAUCUAUGAGUUCAUGGCCGCAACUAAAGAGUGUGGUGGUUCAGCUUCAUCAAUCGACUGUUCUGCAUCUUCUGAGCAUUUACCUGAAGACAAUAAUAUGGCAAAGAGUGACAUUAAUCCAGAUGUUUCCACCACUGAAAAUCGGGCACCGCGUGAAGAAUCAAACAAAGGAAGUACAAUUAAUAUGGAGUCAUUGAAAACAGUGCUUGGUGAAGAUACAAAAGGCAUCAAGUUGGAAAAAAAGGAUAUUACAGUUUUCCGAGAUGACUUCAAAAACCUUGAACUUGAGGAAUUAAAUGACAAAGUAUUUGUGAUUCAUUCGGAUGAGAAGUGUGCUUUCCGUGCUGAUGAUCAGAUCGUGGCAAUCAACAAGCUUCAGAUUUAUCGUGUGGAGGAAGUGGACAUGUUAAUAAACCGGUCAAUGGAAGAGGAGGUGCUGGCCACCAUAAUGCGACAGCUCGAAACUCCAAAAGCACGAAGUCACCAGUGAUUAUACGGAAUAGCUAUGAAAAGAACUAGUAAAAUGUUGUAAUUUUCAGAGAACCAUCAACAAACUAUUCACUGUCAUCAAAACCAACGCAGAUGAUGUUGAGUCAUCCAGCAACCAUCCAUCAUUAUUUAUUUUACUGCUAUGCACUUCUGGAUCUUGUAGAUCACUGUCAAUGAAUGCUGAAAAAAAUCUUUGCCAUGCUUAUCUAUGGAAACCUUCAUGCUGUCUUAGUUCAUUGACACCCAUCAUAGGUUCACUAUCCUGAUUAUAUUAAAUAUUCUGGGUAAUUCCCCUCUUUUUUUCACUCUGAUACAAAUACUAAGAUUAAAUGUAAAGCAAUCUUUCCUUAUAUUGUAUGAUCAUCACUAAUUUAUAGGCAGUUACACUGCAGUGUCUUAAUUAAUGAUCUACUGAUUUCAAAUAGAACAUGCAAUUUACUAAAAAAAGUACGAUAAUCACUCAAGUACUCACCAGUUGGUGAGGAUUAAGCACUGACAUAUAAAGUGUACAAUUUCUGGGGUAUAUUUUUGUUGCAGUUUAUAGCAUUUACUUUAAUGGAACAAAAAAAAUGUGUUUAUAUCUCCUAUCAAAAUGUGCCUUUCAUUUGUAAGACACUUAACGUCACUAUAAACAUGCACUUGAUGUUUAACCUUUUUACCUUUCCCCCUGUAUUGCGAAAUGGUAAUUAUUCCUUGUAAAAUGUGCAGUUAAUUGUCACAAUCCUUCAUGAAUGCUUUCACAUGGUUCAGAUAACGAAAUAAUUUGAUUUUGUAUUGAAAUGUUGUACAGAAUUGAAUCAUUAAUUGCUGCCCCUCAUCUGUCCCGAGAUGAUUCAAACCUGAUGCUGUUUGCUCCAUUCGGCAAAAAAAUAAUAAUGUGCAUCUUGAUGCUAUCAAAUCGCUCUGUGCCCAGACUCAAAAUUUAACAGAUUAAUAAGCAGCCAAGCAUAUUGGUUAACUAUCAAAUCGUUAAUUUGGAAUUCUGCUGUUUUCGGAGUCCUUGUGUCACCAUGCUGUUAAUUGGCACUUUGGUUCAGUACCAGAGCAAUCAUUGCACAAAUGAAAAGCUGAACCAUCCGACACCUCACGUUGGUAUUAAACGUUCCCAUGGUAAUUUUAGAAGAUAAUCUGGACAAUGCGUGUUCCUUACGCAACAUUACUCCAACAAAAUUAUCUGGCCAUAAUUUUGCUACAAAAUACAUAACCCUUCUAUUCACACACUAAGCACAGUGUCGCACAAAUAAUUACAGUACAAAAUAACUCACUUGUUGUGAAAUGCU